AUGCAGAAGAAAUGGAGAACUAGAGCAGUUUUACUCUUGGUAGAGAAAAGACGAAAGACACAAGUGCAGCCCUACAUACAUACAGUGUUUUCAGCUUCUCCUAAGUGGCCUGAGGUGAUCUCUGAAAAUGGUUCUCUAUUCACUUGACCCAGAAAACCCUACAAAAUCAUGCAAAUCAAGAGGUUCAAAUCUUCGUGUUCACUUUAAGAACACAGGUGAAACUGCCCAGGCCAUCAAGGGUAUGCCUAUCCGAGAAGCCUGCAGGUAUCUGAAAGAUGUCCCUUUGCAGAAGCCAUGUGGGCCAUUCCGUCCCUGCAGUGGUGGACCUGGCAGGUGUGCCCGGGCCAAACCAGGGGACUGCACACAGGCUUGGGGGCUCAAAAGGAGCGCUGAAUUUUUAGUGCGCAUGCUUAAAAAUGCAGAGUGUAAUGCUGAACUUCAGGGUUUAGACGCAGAUUCUCUGGUCAUCGGGCACAUCCAGGUGAGCAAAGCCCCCAAGAUGCAGCAUAGAGCUUACAGGGCUCCUGGUCGGAUUAAUCCCUACAUGCGCUCUCCCUGCCACACUGAGAUGAUGCUCCUUACUGAGAAAGAGCAGGUGGUUCCUAGACCAGAAGAGGAGGUUGCACAGAGAAAAAGAUAUCCCAGAAGAAACUGAAGAAACAAAAACUUAUGGCCU